UACCAAGUUCGAUAGUGAUGAAGAUCUAGCCCUUUGCCAAAGUCUUCUUGUGUCCUUUCCCUAUAAAAGGGAGGAAAGGGUCUUCCAAAACUACUAGUACUACUCCUCCAUUGCAUCUUUCAGCAAGUAUAUUUUUGUUGUGCAGGCAAUUGCUAAGCUUUUCAGACUCUGAUAUUUUCUUUGCACGAAGAAGGAUGGCCAACAAUGUUGUUUUUCCCCUUAUACUGUCGGCGGUGGUGACGCUUGCCCUCCUGAUUACUGUUCAUGCUGUACCAAAGUGGUACGAGGAGACCCUGACUGACAGAUUUGGAAAUAGCAGAAAGCACAACACCGGAAUUUGGCGAGAAUGUCAAGAGCUGAAAUUGGGAGGAGCAUCCAAGCAAACUAGAUGCACAUCAUUCGUGAUCACGACACCAAAGUUUCCCGCCAGCCUCCGUUCGGCUCAGUCCUUCUCCCUUAUAGCCACAAUAUUCACAGGUAUAGCCUUGAUCAGCACCUUGGUUAUUGAGUAUGACAGCACAAAGGUCGGACUCCUGCGACUGCCUAACAUCUUCUUCGCUGUAUCUGGUAUCGCGAUUUCCAUUGCCGCACUCAGCUUCGUCGCCUUCAUCAACCAGGAUGCCAAUCUUCAAAUGGCUCGCCCCAGCGUGGGUCUGAACGUUAAAGCAAGUUAUGGUGCCAGUUUCAUCAUCGCAUGGAUCACGCUGGUUCCGGCCUUCGCGGCAGCCUUGCUGGCGCAUGUACAUCAUUCCGCGAAAGCUGCUUCAGCCUAAUCGCAACUUUCACAGGACAGGAUACUGCUCACCGGAACACCUGACUAUUUGCAAUGGUUCGUGCUUCCGUGAUAACCGAGUAACUAUUAAACACAAGUCUAAAGCAUGGUGUGCCCUGUUGUACUCCUGCACACACUUCUCUGUUUCCCACUCUAUCAAUCACACACGACUUUUAAUUAAUACAACACCUUUACCCAUACACGUACACGUACAUGUCAUUCGAAUAGUGCACUGAGCAUUCGACUACAACCACUGUGCCAUUGAUACUCUAGCACAAUUUUCCUUUCUACUUUAGUUAACCAGUCGCAGUCAAGGCUGCCCUCCUGUAUGAUUUUCAGGGAUGCUAUCUUUGAAUUCCUUUCUACCUCCUCCGUUGAAUUAUCGCACAGUGUAAGCGUUUUUCGUCUACCCGCCGCUGUUCAAGCCCCAGACUCUCCAUAAUUCUGCCAAUUUAACUCUCUUGUACACAUACAUGAAAAUUCACUCCCUCCACUGCUACUCGCCUUGUUGCGUGUAUCAUUUCUCACUUUUGAAUUUCAUUUCCAUAGCCCCCGCCGCAUUAAUUUUUUCUUCAGUUUAGCGGUUUCUUCCUGAUGAGCGUUGUGCGAAAGCUAGUUUGGCGUAAAUCAUUAUCCACCAUUUUUGUUUCUCCACAUACAUGUACAUGUACAUGUACUUUCUGUUGUACAUGUACUCAGCCCAUUGUUUAUUGAUUGUCCAUCACAGCCUUAGUUGGCUUCCAUGAUUUGCUUGUUCCUAGAAGGAAAUAAAGUCGUUACACAAGGCGA